CGCGUGCGUAGUUUAUCAGUCGUCCAGGUGAAUGGAAACUUUCUUGACCAUGCGUCUGUGAUUUUCUUCACAAGAGUACAAUUUAAGUGCCACAAAGGUCACGUUACUUACCCAGAGUGGCCAAACGAAGGCUCAGAUGGAGUAGAUCCUGCAAAACAGAAAUAUGGCAGAAGAAAUGAAAUAGUUAAGGGCUUGGAACGUAACCGGGGUUUGUUUUUUGCUACUGAACUUUCCCCGCUUGAGUCGUGACUCAAGUUCAGUGUUGCAGGCUCCAGGGAUCGAAGCCUGCAAACUCUGUAAAUAUGUCACUGUGAUCAAAAGAGUUGAAAAACUCUGUAUCCGUCCUUUGUAUAGUGCCUGUUGUCUUUUUGGUGUUAAGAAUCCCUCCCACGACUAAGACAAUCACUUCAUUUUUAGCUUAAAGACUUUCUAUUUGGGGGACAUUUUAAUGCAAUCAUUUUAUAAAUACAAGAAGGAAGUAUUUCUAAAGGAGCUAAUUUUUAACGGAACAAUCAAAAGAUGCCAUUACCAAAGAAGAUUCCAAGAGGACGCCGCAGUAGUAAAGAGGAGGAGGAAGAGAAAAGAAUUCUUGCCAAUCGAUAUCAGGUGGAGAGAAAACUUGGGAGUGGAAAUUUUGGCACUGCCUUUUUGGUGAAAGAUCUGAAGUGCAAAGAUCCUAAAGAUCCAGAACAAUGGAAAGUAAUGAAGGAAAUCCCUGUGGGAGACCUACAGCCUGACGAGACAGUGGACGCCAUGCACGAGGCCAACCUGCUGUCCAAGCUUGAUCACCCCAGUAUUGUCAAGUUUUAUGACAGCUUUCUGGACGGAGAAUUCUUCUGUAUUGUCACCGAGUACUGUGAUGGUGGCGACUUAGAAGAUCAAAUCAUAAAAUAUCGCAAAGAGGGUAAAGCUUUGGAUGAGAUUCUAGUAAUGGAUUGGUUUGUUCAGCUUUUAUUGGCAGUGCAAUAUAUGCACUCAAGACGGGUACUGCACAGAGAUUUAAAAACAAGAAAUAUAUUUUUGAGAAACAACAUGGUAAAGAUUGGCGACUUUGGUAUAUCGCGGAUUCUCAUGGGUACAUCUGACAUGGCGUCUACAUUCACAGGAACUCCGUACUACAUGAGCCCCGAGGUGCUGAAACAUGAAGGCUACAACUCAAAGUCGGAUGUAUGGUCUAUUGGCUGUAUCCUGUAUGAAUUAUGUGCCUUACAACAUGCCUUUGAAGGGCAAAGUUUGAUGGGGGUCAUGUAUAAGAUAGUAGAGGGCACUUCGCCCCAGCUACCAGACAAAUACUGCAAGGAGCUACAGGGGGUUCUUAAACUAAUGCUUGUUAAGGAACCAGAAAAGAGACCCUCUGCAACAGAGCUCACCAAGGUCCCAUUUGUACACAGGCACAUAGAGAAAUUAAAAAACACUAUACAGGUUAAGCACAAGAAAGACAUGCAAGAGAAGGAGGGUCACAGGAAGGAAGCUGAAGAAAUAGACAAUUUGUUGAGAAAAAAGACACAUUUGCAAACACUCCGGGACUCGGAAGAGGAUGUAAAGUGGAAAAAUCUAUCACCAAGAGAAAGAAUGAGGAUAAGAAAACAGCAGAAGGCAGACGAGGAAAAGAAAAAAUUAGAAGAGGCUGUUCGGCAGAGCUACGAAGAAACUCAACUAAAGAAAGACCAAAUUAAAUCUAGUUUUCUAACAUCAAAUGCGGGAGCCUUGCUAGGAGGGAGAGCUACCAGACCCAACAAUGUCCAGGUACAUCAGCUGCGAUCAGCAGACAUUGCCUAUAACAGUAGACCCCAGACUGCGCCAGAGACACAAAGAGAAGAAAAAGAGGAAGAAUUCGACGUAGCAGAAGCCAUGUUGAAUCCGGGCGCCCAAACCAUGGUCCCUAAGCAGCUACAUGUCAUAGUGGAGGAUGAACGUCCCAUUACUCCAAUGAAGGAUAAGCUGGUCUAUGACAUAAAGAAUUCCUCUCUGGACUGGAAAGAUGGAAUUCCAGAUCAACCUGCAGCAGCAGAUACGUUUUAUUCUCAGUACGAAGACUUCGAGGACCUGGAGGAGGUGGACGAAGAAAUUGAGGGAGAGGCAGAAGAUGAAGAUGAGCUAGGGCAGACGGCAGAGGAUGUGGAGCAUUUGAUAGGAUAUAUGGAGAAUGCCUUAGAUACUACUGCAGAGAAGAGUGUGACAUUUGCUGAUGAUUCUGUUGCUGGAGCUUUUGGUCCAGUUGUGAGAGAUGUUAAGAUAAAAAAUUUAAGAAUGGAUUGUGAAAAGAAAUUAGGAAAGAAUGCCUUCCAGAAAGCCUACAACUACCUGAAGUCUGCCAGGUUUGGAGAUAUGGCAGGGACUGUGGACGAAAACGAAAUUAUCGCUGGACUGAGACAAUAUGUGAAAAACCCAAGUGAUUGCUUCCUGGUAGACCAGUUGCUUUUCCUUGAGGAGCAAGCAAAAGUUGCCAAAAUGUGAUUUAGUGAUUGUGAUGUACUUGGUGUUAUUAUACUGUGUACUGGCAUGCAGCUCAAUUAUUAUUAUUAUUUUUUAUUUUCAUUUAUUUAUUUAUUUUUUUGUUCUGGAGCAUAUGCCCACUUUUGGUCGUUCUGCUGUAUUUGUCCCCUCUGUUAUACAUUUUCUGUCCUCAGAAAUUUGUUUUUUGUCUUUUUGAUUCCAACAAUAUAUAUAUAUAUGUCAAAGGCCCGGACCAAAUCUAGU